AUGGACUCAUUCUGGGAGUCGUUAAUAUUGUCUGGGAAAAGGAAAAAGAAAUCCAAAAAGAACAGAGGAAGCCCAAAAUGCAAAAAAAGCUCAACCAGGAAAGGGGACAAACUUACCCAGGAACGGAAGAAAAAGAAAAGCUCUAGAUUUAAAGAAGCAAUGAAAGAAAAUAAAGAAAAGAAAAAACAGAAGGAGGACAGGGAAAGCAGAUUAGCUUUUAAACCAGAUGACAGUUUUGUUGUGACACAAGGAAGUAAUGGACAAUCAAAAGCCGCCAUGAAGCAUGAAACGUUUCCUCCACUCAGCAGUGACAAGCUAAACUCUGAUCUACCGACUGGAAACUCUAAGAAGAAAGACAGAAAGAAAAGGAAGGUGGCAUUUGACUUGUCUUCAGGUCACAUCAGAGCAAAACACCCCGAACCUGUGUCUUUGACUCAGCAGUCUCCAAAAGAGAGCCUCCUCUCAAAGAAUAAAAGAGUGAGGGAGAGAGAGAGCUGUUCACAGGUCACAGUGACAGAGCACAGCCACGGUCAAACAUACAACAAUGAUUCUCAAUGCACCAGUGAUGAUAUUAACAGCCAGGACCUUUUUAUCACCCAGAAGAAAUUCAGAGUGCCAGCCUACGGUGAUGCCUCUGGUGAUGAAGCCAUUGAUAAAAUCAUUAAAACAGCUGUGGGACAGAUGGAGCAGUGUCAUGAAGAGGACACACAUUUCUUUGUGCAAGGCAGGGAGACCACUGAGCAUGCACAGGGCCCAGAUACAGUGCAGGGACUUCCCAAAGAAGAAAAAGAAGACAGGGAACUCAGGGGGGAGAGCUCUGUUUUUCAGUCACAGAUGUGGAUACAUACAAACCAUGCUGAAGGGAAAAAAGAACCAUGUCCUAUCUACACAAAGGCCAGAGUGGUCAGUCCCUGUCUUGAUGAGCCAGUUGUUGUCCCCUUGUCCCAAGUGGCCCCAAAGUUGGAGACUAAUCCCUUGUCUUCCACCCAACAGUCCUCAUUGUGUCUUCAGCCAUUAGCGCCUCCUAAAAUGACUAUGUCGAGCACUUCUACUCAGACAGAAAACUUCUUCACCACUGAACUCUCCUCUUUCUUCAAAUUUCGCCAAAGAAUUAGAGAAGCUGUACUCUUGGAGGACUUGGAACCUUUGGACCUGAGCCUGCAGAACAGGACCAGGAAAGAUCUGGGAACUUAUUUGUCAGUGGAGACAUCUUCUGUUUCAAGAGAGGCCAAAGAUUACAACCACAAAAACCUGCAUCCCUCUUGUUUGUCAGACAUGGAGGUUGUAGAGGUAAUGAAAGAGCCUACUGGUCAGUAUGUAUCUAUGAGUGCUCAAAGUGAAAGUGAAAGAGCUGUGACCUCCCUGUCAGAGUCGGACAAGUCUGCAGACACGACCACGUCCAGUGAGGAUGGUGAGCAGUCUUGUCGCAUUAGCAAGCAGGACCUGGCCCAGGUAACGUUUAAAGCGAAACUCACCCAUUCUUCACAACCGCCAAAUAUAUCAAAAUGGUAGUGUCUUGUACAAUGAAGAAUUAAGCAGCUCUGUAAACACAGUGUUCAAUUGCAGAAGUGUAUUGCAUUCACACAAAAAAAGCUUUGUUUUUCAGAGUAUUUUUUUUUAAUGUUCUGUUCUUCGGUCUAAAUUUUUUUUUGUGUUUUCAGAGUAAUUUUUUUUUCUAUCCUGUUUUCAGAUUUCUGAUUUUUUCCCCCUUGUUUUUCAGACUGAUUUUUCAGUUUUUCAGACUGUUUUUUGUUAAAUAAUUGUUUUGUUUUUCAGACUAAUUGUUUUCCCUAUUCUCUGGGAUGAUGAUCAUUUAAAAACAGAUGCUUUCAUUCCCCUCUGCUUGAUUUAUUGGAAGCAAACAUGGCCCACUCCUUUCUUUAAGUCAGAUAGAUGGAAUCAUCAUACGUUUUUCUACUUUGCGCAGGCACCUCAGGAUUUGCAUACCCCAUGCUUAACUAAUAACAUGCUUUACUCUCAUUGACCCCGUAGUUGAAGUUAUCUAGGAGCUGGAAAAUCUGCUGAUUUGGAGCAGCUGUGGUGGUUAAUGGUAUCUGAUUGUAUGAGAUUCAUUCAGGAUUUCGAAGUAUCUCGUUUAGUCAGGAAAAAAAAAUAGUAAGAAAAACAGAAAGAUGAAAAUAUAUAUAAAUAUAAAAAAACAAAAAUUUGUCUGAAGAACAGAAAAAGGGGAAAAAAUGAGUACAAAAAAACAGAAAGAAGAAAAAAAAUUGUCAGAAAAACAGCCAAAAAAAAAAAAAAGUUUCCUUUUUUUGUAAGUGAAUGCAAUACGCUUCUGUAUUCAAUCAACUCUCUGUCAUCAUAAGCUUGUGGAGGACUGUAGAAAACUACUUUUAGUUUUUUCAAAGAAAAGAACCUUGUAAUUGUUAUAUACAUAAUACAAACUGGAAAUAUAUCAGCAGAAAUUUAGAAUAAGACAAAGACUAUGUCUCCAGACCAUUUUCACUGAACUACAGAGGAAGAAAACUGAAGUUGAAUAAACUUAUAAGAUUCAAGUCAUACACUCUGAUAAAAUAUUAGCACAGUAAUGACAUUCUUCAAUGAAUAAAAAGCUGCACCUUGAAUUUGAAUUAAAACACUCUACAAGGUUUUUAUGUCAAACAUGAAGAUUUUGUCUUUGGCUGUUUUAUGUGUAUCUUUGUCCUUUAUGGCUGCUUGCACCAAAGAUUGAUGACUCUUGAAAAUAUUGACACAGCAAGAUGUAAUUAAAUAUGAAUUAUUGUAUGCAGGAGGUUUAUAUUUCCCAUUUAUGGAAGUUUGUAUAUGUACAGAAACAUACAACACUAUGUUGGUGGCUGGCAAAUGACUACCUGAAUCCAAAAGCGCAACAUUAUUUUACUUUCACAUGGAUUGCAGGCCUGUAGUUUCUUUUCUAAUUUCUAGUUUCUUAUUUAUUGGACCCCAACAGGUAGCAGUCUGACAGAAAGGAUGUUCGUAUGUCCUACAGUACAUUAAUAAUCUUGUGAAAAACUAAAGCUUUAAAAUAAACAAAAAUUGAUGUUCAGUAUGUUCAACUCUAAGACUCAUGUUUUUAUUAUAUACUGUAUAUCAUGUUUAUAUUUUAUCAUUUAAACUGUUGUUUAUUCUGAGCAGUGAUUUUUUUUGUAGUAAGAACAAAAAGCAAACAGGAUACCUCUUUAAUUCAUUUCAAUGUGUUGUAACAAAAUGUCUUUUUGUCUUCAGGUUAGAGCAGUCCAGAUGAGACUCAACGAGUCCUUCUUUUUCAAGACAAAGGGCGAGGGGUGCUCACCAAGACCAGCGUCUCCACUAAUGAAACUUGCUCAGAGCAGGAAAGAGGUGAAAAGCAAGAGGAGUCGCUGA